AGUCCCUGUCGUGGUCAUAAGCAGCGCGCUUUUGGGCGUUCAGCGAACAAGGCGGCCAAGGUUCUGCGGAGGCAGUUCCAGGCUAGUCAUGGGAUGGCGGGGGACGUAGUGUCCUCUCGUGGUUGGAAACAGGAUGUGGGCGAAAUGGGGAUGCAGAUGCUCCACGGACCGAGUUUGUUGCGUAGAGAAGUUGAUUUUGGUGAUUGUGGUUGUGUUGGGGAUGCUGAUGGGAUUGAGAUUUUAAGCAGCGCUCGGCCUGUUGUGGUGGAAGAUGAUGUUUACGAUGAGAGCGGGUUUUUGCUCAGCAGUAGCUUCGAGGAGGAUGCGGAUCACGUUGUUUGCGAAGACUUCCAGACACCAGUUGGAGACGACGACACCGGCUCCGAGAUUGCUGAAGGCGGUGCCGUUCCAGAUGAGAACCUCGUGGACGCUCAUUCCGGCGAAGUAUUCCGCGGAUCAGUCUCCUGUCCAAACUUUCCCAGCGGCGCAUAUGGCGAAGUCGAGACCUCCACCAUUACCUCUACACUCCGCACUGGCAACGCAUCCAGCAACGAGUCCCUCAAUCCUUCCUUCCACUCAUCCAUCUUCUCGAAAUCCACGUUGCUCACCCCCAAGUCCUCCUACGAGAGCGUCCAGUCUGACUACUCCCGCCUCAUCGACGCUCUUGACCUCGAGGUCGAAGCGCAUAAAUGUGGCGACAGCUACUCGAUGUGCUUACUUGCUCUACGAGAGCUUUCUGCAAUCUGUAACUGUCUGUCGACUGUGUCGAUGGACGACUCUGCCAGCGUUGUGCAGGGAGAGAUGCACAUUAACGGUCUGCCAUCGGUUUCUGAGACACCGCAGGAGAAUCACGCUGGUGAGAUUGUCGAGGAUACAUUGACUUACGCUCAGGUGCAGAGUGGAUUGUCACUGGAUGGCACGCCGUCUCAGCUUCGAGGCGCGCCUGAUUCUUCUGACACGCCGGAUCACAAUGGACUUCCCAUCGAUAGCUCGCCAGCUCAUAUUACUACAACAGACAAGUCAGCAUUGCCAUCAGACGAUACGCGUCCGCUACCCUUCGAGGCGACCUCUACACUUCCGCCAUCUACCAUUCCCUCUAGCCAUCCACCUACCACCCUCAACCAGUUGGCCCAAACUAGUGAUGACACCCGCGAGCAGGACUACUCCGCCUUAUUUGUUCAGCUCCCACACUGUCGCCGACGUCGCUGGGUCGACAAGGUUAGACACGUUCACAUGAGGACGCGAAAGGCUACACAGAGGGUUGUCACGUCUACUAAAAAGGUUGGUAGGACGGUGAGGGAUUUGGCCUUUUGCGGUUUGCUGUCUGUGUGAGGCGGUUGAUGGUGCUCUGCAUACGAGAAACAAGACACUGCACAUCAUUCAGCCUGUCAAGACCUCGAGCAGGUCUGAAACACCGACAUCAAGCACACGACCAACAACUGUCGCCAGUUCGCUGCAAGUCGAUAAGUUACAAGUUUGCUCCAACCCAACCUCAAGCACACCCCGUCUCGGAAUCUGUCUCUUACAAUCUGCUUGCCCACAAUUUACUUUGGGGGGAAGGUGGGUUUGUCCAAUCAAACUGGACCUGUUAAUCACCUUACACUCACGCUCUACUUUUCAUUCUAUCCAGUGCGAAUCUUUUUCCGCGCCUUGUGGAUUUCCGGUCCAGUGUACGUUGUAGCGUGGUACCGGACCAG